CUUGAGCUGUGUUUGUGCUAGGCCAUAAAAUCAGGUGGUGACCCAGUGGAAUCAAUGAGGACAUUAAAGAGACUACAGAAACUGGUUCGGACCAAGAAAGCCAGGGUGCCAAGUCUGGAUGAGACGAAACCCACGUUAAUAAAUCUCCAAGAUGAAGAUGAAACAUUGAUUUCCUGUGUGAAAUUAGCCAAAUCUCAAGAAAAGAAAGUUAGUAAUGUUAGCACGAGGAGGAAGGAAGAAAUGGAGAUGAGAUUGGAUUCUAUUUCUCCAUCACUGGUUAGAUCCAGCACUUCAACUGCAUGCAGCUUGGCAGAAAUGUUGUCCCACAAUGAAGGUGAAGUUCAGAUGUGGAACAGCUGGAAGCCUUUCCCGGAAAACCCCCUCUGGCCAUGUGUUGAUUUCCCAAUCGCCCAAGCUGAACCCUGGGACAACUGUUCCCGCUGCGCUCACCACCUGCCUCUCAAGUCUUCUAGUACAGAUAUGGGUCUCCCACAUUCUUGGUGGAAGGAGGAGGACAAUGAACGUCAAUCUGAAGGGGGCCCGAUUAUGCUUUUGACCAUGAAAGACCUAAAGCGCCUCUUUACUUACAGCCUAACUCUUAACAUGGUUCAAAGCAAAUCACCAAAGCUGGACGUUGACCCUUGGGAAGAGAAAGGCCUGAUGUUAUAA